CCGACCGCUGUAUCCACGAAUGAAGGUUCAAACCCGAACCAUCAAUCACGAAUGUCCCAGGCGAAGUUGAAAGAAGCUUCACAAAACGUUGACGCUCUUGCUUGACACCACCAUGAAACCACGUUGAGCGGAGGGAGAAGGCACAACUGGGAUGCUAGCUACCGGUAAUAGUACUGCCCGUCCAUGAGACCACGUCAAUUGCUUGGCACCCAUAUAUAUUUGGACAAGUUUGUGUGAAAAAGUAAAAGGAACAAGAGCAAUCCUGACACGGUAGUAGUAUUAUUACUAGCUAGCCAGUAUUAGUAUUUGCGAAACGAAAAUGCGAAUGCUACCCAUUCCCCGUGCUUCUAUUAGGCGACCUUCCAAUGAUGUGAAGAGCGACAAGCCAGAGGACCACCGACGGUCCUGGCAUGUUGGAACAACCACAUCCACAGGCAACCAUCGUCGCUCCAAUGGGGCCUUUCGCAAAACGUGGCAUUUUCAUCGCACUUCUUCCCACACACACCCGAACAACAGUGAAGAAUCAGGCGAUCCAGAACCCCCCCACGAUGAUGCUAACAGAGUUAAUAUUGGUACAGAAGAAGAACGCAAGACGUUUUCCUAUGCGUCUCAUGUGACUGCCGAGAACGAAACUGCUGCACCGUGCCCCCCUCCAGACAAUGCCAAAAAUGUCGCGGUUGUCUCUGAUGGACAACAAGGGCAAACCCAGCAGAAUAGUGCAGGUAUUGCUACUACGAAUGCGACACAAGAACCACUGCGUCGCAGCAGCAAGAAACGAGGAUGGUUUAAAAGAGCCAAGACCAAGACGGGACGAGUGAUUCAUGCCAUUGAAGACUUUUUGUUUCCAGGGUGUCGUCCUCUCCAUGGGAGCAGCACUGCCGGCAGCCAUCGAAGGUCGGCGCAGCGAUCCAUGUCACCGGGCGCCGCCACCAGGAUACCACCAGAACAAAUCGAAGAAACGCUCGAAAUCGCACGGACCAUGUACGGUCAAGAAGGGUUGAGAGCCGCAGGAUUCGAGUUUCGAAGGGUUGAAUGUGCCGAACACAGGCAGACUGUUGUUGCCAAUAAGGAGAACGACGAUCAUCCAGAGGACACCACGACCACCGCCAAAAGUGAAGAACAGGGGGGUGAUGAUGAUGAUGAUGAAGUGGAGGGGAGCAACAGUGGCGUGGCUGCAGUCAACCACGGUCAGGACUCGCAGGGAAACAACCUGGAAGGGCAACACGCAUUGCAAGCAGAACAACAACAACAAUCUAAACAAGAUGAAGAAGAGAAUGAAAAGGAAAUCAACAACAACGCCGCCAUGCACAGCAAUAAAAUUGUCUUGGAGCAUCCUCCAAAGUACUUUUGUCGCCAGUGUUGCAACAGUCUGUUCCACAUUGCUUCCAAUACACAAAUUGACAAAGAGAAUCGAAAGCAGUUCAUUGCGGACGGAGCCAUGUACGAUGCUGUUGCGAGACUCUGUCAAGAGAAUGCUCAGGAAGUCAUGAUGAAACAGUAUGGCUUGGUCUGGGUGACAGUGUGCGAGGGACAGGAAGAACAAGGUCAUUGUCCUCAUCCCCAUCUAAAACAAGGCAAGCACGAACCUAUCCGGGCAUUGGUCAAUGCCGAACAUCCAUUGGCGCAGCAACAACGACAACUUUAUGAGGCAGGCAACAACAACAACAAAGGCACUCAAGAACAAAAUUUGGAACACUAUUCCAAUCGUCCAACACUUCUAGUCGCGACUGGGAAAGGCAAAGUUCGGGCGGGCAUUUUUAGCCGGCAGCAUCUCAUGGUGUCGGGCAUGGAGUGCAGCACAUCUUUGCCGUUGGUCCAUGAAGCAAGGAAGAGGGAUCUAAAUAUUGUCCUUGUGGAUCCAAAUGCUCAUGGGGACCGGCUUGGGAUGGUCACCUUUGAAAAAUCCAUGACGAAACUCUUUCCGAGCCCAUGCCACGAGAAGAAUCCCGACGUGUACGUUCUGUCUCAUUCCGCGUCCGGGUCCCACUUUGUUCGGCACAUCCUGGAUGGAAAAUUCCAGCAGCCUCUGCGACACAUUCGAGCCAUCGCCUUUACGGAUUCGACGCAUAAUAUCCAAUGGCCUCGACAAAAGGGCAAUCAAGAAUUGGUUCACUUGUUGGAAUCCGACACGAGUAUUUACUUUCGUUGUGCCACUGCCGGUACCAGUGAGAACUGGUCGUUGCACCACGCCGGGCAGGAAGCGUCCACAGAUCAGUUUUGGAGGCACCGCUUUGGAAUGGUCAAGACAUGCUGGGCGGGAACCAAAGAACACAGUCUGACAAACUGGUUUGCCCUUACGUUCAUCUGGGAACACUUUGAUCGAUUCUUGAAUCCCGAAGAGGAUCAACGUUGUCAGAAGAUCGGAGCAGACAACGAAUAGUCACAACACAUAUUAGAAGAGUAGAAGACACAAGGAGCAACACUAAACGAUUAGAAGCUUGCUACUUGUUGAUAUCCAAUCUACAGUCAGAAGUCAAGCAAGAUGCAGAAGAAACGCAACGCACAGUCCGACAGAAGCAUUCAGAAGCAUUCCAAUCAGUGGUUACGAUCGCUGUAACAGGACGCACGCACGCAACGACAACACAACCAUAAUAGAGUUGAAUUGCAACUCUCGUCGAUUCAAUUAUAUUUCCUGCAUACUUCUAGCUAGCGUUUCACCUACCGUACGACUGCUCUUCCAGCAAUUCUGCGUACCUCUUCACACCUGGGAGAUUCAAAAACCUUUUCUCAUCAAUCAUCAUCUGGUCAAGGGUGGGAUUCUUGUAGGUGUGCCUUGUCUUAUAGGUUUCAUGGCGUUUUAGUCCAUUCUGCAGGGCGUCCUCCAGUUCCGGCGUCAUUGAAAGUUCCAUCUUGCCAUAGAGUGUUCCCAGAGCACCUUGAGGAUUGGCUUUGAACUCUGAAAACGUCACAUAAUGACAGCGCCCUUUCCAGGCAUGAUCGUCAUCUCCACCGUACAGAGCACUCUCGCGAUCCAUCAUGUCAGCUAGCAAUGCUCGAAAGAGCGAUGGCCACCAAAUGGAAUCUUUGGCUGCAGGAGCCAACAUAUUCACUCCGGUCGCUGCCAAUACUGCUUCCGUAGAUAGGCCUGCAAACGAUUGUAAUACAUCCACUGGGUUUCUCAGGAUCCCCACCGCCACGGCAUCCGGAUAGAGUCGCUGAAAGUCUCCCACACAAGGACUCAAAUGUGACCGAAGCAACAAUCGACGAGGCCCCGGGCGGUUGUACAGCACUUUUUGACACAUGCGUCGGUGUAGUUGCAUGGAACGGUCUCGUUCUCGACUAGAAUGUGCGUCCAUUUGAUAGUGUUUCUUCCAGUACUCUGCCACUGGAAAGGUCCUCACGGCUCCCACGGAUACCCAGUGCCGUUCUCCCAGCAAAAUGUCGUCGGCAUCCGGCGCAAACAGGGAGAUUGGAUGCCUAGCUUCCACCUGUGGCGUAACACGGUUGAUCCACUUGAGUAAGCUUUCCGUUUUCUGGACGAGACCAGGAGCUGUUUGAUUCAGAGCAAAUAACAGCUUGUAGACACAAAUGAAUGGCAUGACAACUUCUGCCAUGGUGGGGGUUGCAAAUCGUUCAUCCAGAGCCAGGGUUCGAUGAAACGAAGUGGUUCCACCGCGAGGAACCGAAAUGGUGAUGACUGGUUUCUGGAUCUGAAUAUCGUUGUAGCCACCAAAGAAGACCUCAUCGAUCAUCCACAGAUAAGACGCCAACGGUAGAAUAACAAGGUAGCUGGACAUGACAUGAAACAGAAUAUUCAGCCUCAGAAU